AUGCCUGCGAUACCCAGUGAGGAAGAAUGGCUGGAACAAACGGCAAAGGCUCGGAAGGAGGCCGAAAAACUCGAAGCGGCAGAACAGUGGCCGAGUGAUGCGCCGGUUCAUCCAAUUGCUCAGUUACAAGGCCCUUUUGAGGAGUCCAUUACUGAAUCCACGGACGUAGCACACAAUAAUUGGCAAGUUUACUUGGACGCAGAAACUCGGCGAGAUCAGGUCUUGACGGCUCCCAGAUAUGAAAGAUUAUGUCACGUAGCCGAGCUUGAUGGCUUUAUCGAGAAUACGACAGAAGAUAUACUUCUUGCUUUCAGUGAUAUCGAAGAACGCUUGGAACACUUACGUUUACCACUUGGGAAUCUCCCAGUUUUCAACGACAUGCUAGCGGACCGGACAUUUCGGCAAACGGUGAUACUCGACCAUGGACGGAUUAAUCAUAUAAUUCAUCGCACUGCAGUUGCUAUGGAUGAUUCUGUUAAGGACAUUGAGAAGGGCACACAGUCUGUUCGAAUCCUGGGCUUCUACCUUAAAGAAGUGAGAGCAGAACGCAAUGAUCAGCGCCAUAGUCUCGACGCCGUUUAUGACGCUAUGAUUGGCAAUGUCGAUGGCUGGAAACGAGAAUUCAAACGUUUAAAACGUAAAGCAUACAACCUAGCAAUUACCUUGGGCACAUUCAAUCAGGUGGCAAUGGAAAUACAACAACUCGCCGACGCGGCUGCCACACCAACGAGACCGCCGUCCAGGGGACGUCGUCAUCGAAAGCAUAUGCUACAAACUCCAGAAACCAAUAGACUAUCAACAAUUUCACACAGGCCACUACCCAAAUCCCCGACAGAGCCAGACUCAUAUACCGCUGAAGCCCGGGUGGUUUCUAUCAUUGCAGGGCAUUCCCCAGUGACGUUAGUCAAAACCACCUCAUCACGACAAGAAACCCCUGUAUCACAAGGAGAUGGAGCUACACUCGAGCAAGGCCUUCAGGAGAAGCACUCUUCUAAAAUUGGGAAGCAAUCAAAUAAUCAUGCAGACCGCUAUGUUCAGCCGGAGCCGGUCAAGACUCCGCAUCAAUCUGUCACAACACCAGAACUCAAAAUUAAUAUUAACAACAAGCACGUGGAAAAUGAGCGAGGCAGCAAAAAGCGGUCGAACACAUCCUCUUCCAGAAGUGCGGAUCAUCAUACUGUGGCAGAAAAGGGGUCAACUAAGUCGUCUGCCAAAUUCGGCAGCAGACUCGAUCGUUUCCAGAAAACCACUUCAAGGAUUUUCAGCAUUUCAGCCUUGACCAAUGUCAAAGGUACUAUCAGGAAACAAACCAAAUCAAAGAAUGGCCAACGUGAGACAUUUCAUCCCAAGGAGCGGUCAUGGAUUGAUUCCAAUGCUCAUGACCAACAAAUGAGUUGGUCACAGGAACCAAAGGACUUCAAUACUUUUGCAUCUAGGAAAAGCACCGCUCCUGAGCUCCCGCACCUGCUCUACAAGUCAUUUUUGGAUGAUCAGACUUUAAGUGAUGAGGAGGAGGAAGAAGAAGAUACGGAAGAUACAGAAGAUAGUCUGAGGGGGAAACGAGAUGAUGAGUGCGGCCACGAAUCUCAAAUAACUGCGUUGCCAGUAAUGAAAGAUUCUACUGCCCGCUCUUAUGAUCACGACGAUGUAGCAGCCGAAGUUGCUUCCACGUAUUCAGCCAGGCAUCGCAGAUUUAGAGCUAAGAACAUACCUGUCCCACCGCUUCCCAAACCGAAAUUCAACAAACCUUUCGAACUUGGAGCUAGCAACGGCCAUGUCAUCCAUCAAAAUCGCCAGACGCUGCGUCAAAAGCCUUCUGUGUUCUCUUUUAUCUCGGCCAAAAAGGCACAAGAGACUACUUCGAAUUCGCCUGCAGUCAAAUCCAGACAAGUUUCUGACACACCAGAGAAUCAACAACCAAGGCCAACAACGUCCGCAUCUGUAUCUACAUCUAUCCAUCUCCAUGGAGAUAUUGAGCCUCCACCCAAAUUCAAUUCUUCCUGGCACACACACAAGGGGUCACCCUUGGAAAACACCGAAACACCUCCAGUAUCCCCAACAACGUUAUCCAACCCAAUGGCUUCCUCGUUGCCAGAGAGCAAAAGACCCGAAACACUUCAGCCAAGCGGCGGCCAUAAGAACACGUCUAAUAUCAAUCCCAGGAAAUCUCCCACUAGGAAGCCUCCUCCUCCUACUCUCGAUUUCAAUCAAAAUGAAACCAAGAAGUCAGAUACUUUAAGAGCCAACAAUAAUAGUAAACUGAGGAAUGCUUCUUCUUCCACCACCGCUAGCACGACUCACAAACCACAACACGGAGGCCUACGUCUCUUUCCUCGAACGCCAACCACACCAAAUGUUCGGAAAUUUGUCUCUACGAGCUCGCUUAGAGAGUUUUCGGCUGCGGAGAGUACUGGUGAUAUCGCCCGUCUUCCUAGGAGUCGGGGGUAG